AUGAAGAAUACUGGCGCCAUUUUCCUAUUGGCAUCCUGCCUCCCCGCCGUGUUAGCAGAGAAAUGCUCUGCGAUAGGAUGGCAGCACCAAACCACCAUAAAAGGUGGAACGCUAGGCGACUAUGGAGUCAUUCUCUACAGGGGCGAUAAGGAAAUCGGCAAGUCGAACAAUUGCAGGAAAUGCCCAGGCGUUUGCUCCGACCUCACAUGGGUUGAAGGAGAAGGUCUUGAAGCUAAGUUUGGCUGGGCUGCAAGCUGCAGUAUCAAUCACUUUACAGAGUGCCAUGGUUCUUAUGCCACGCAGACCCAUAUCGAUGGCGAAAAGCCUUCCAAGGACGGCAAUGCCUAUGGCAUUUCAGCUGGCGUUGGCUCUCAGUGCAAGAUCGAGUUCGAUUGCUAG